AUCUUAAGGUUGUUUUGAAGUUGCACGGAAUUUAUAGAAAUUUCUGGAAAGUUGGUGCAGCUGCUGAUGGGCGCGCGAGGAAGCUGCGGGAUUUGAAAGGAGAGGCCGCGAGCCCGUGUCCGUGAUGCGCGCAUUCCGCCGAGGCUCGCGCGACCUGCGCGCGGGAUACCUGGCGCUCGUGCUGUUUUUGCUCGAGGCUCGAUGCGGGAGCGGCGCGUGCCCGGCGCCGUGCGCGUGCCACGUCCCUACCGAGGUGCACUGCACGUUCAGAUCCCUGAGCGUGAUACCGAGUGGAGUAGAGGCAGCUGUGAAAAGAAUGAACCUGGGGUACAACAGUCUAACAAGCCUAAAAGAACAUGAACUGUCCGGCCUGGAAAGCUUGGAGUUGUUAAUGCUACACAGUAACACCAUCCAAACUAUUGAGGACAGGACAUUCAGUGACCUCAAGACUUUGCAGGUGCUAAAAAUGAGUUACAAUAGAGUCAAAGAACUACGUAAAGGGACAUUUCAAGGCCUGGACAGUUUGCUGCGUCUAUAUAUGGAUCAUAAUACCAUUGAAUUCAUCCAUCCAGAAGCUUUCUAUGGUUUGAAGUCUCUACAAUUAGUCAAUCUGGAGGGCAACGAACUACAGCAGCUUCACCCUGACACAUUUAUAACUCUGAGAUACAACCAGAUAUUCAAAUUUUCAUUUAUCAAGACCAUAUAUCUAUCGGAAAAUUUACUGACUACUUUGCCUGCUACAGUGUUCUCUGGUUGCUACCAGUUAGAGAAUCUCUUUCUAAGUGGAAACCCUUGGUCAUGUGAUUGCCAAAUGGAUUGGCUUGGAACAUGGAUCAAACGGAAUGAAGGGGUCCUGAAAUGCAAAAGAGACAGAAAGCUUUCUGGAGAACAGAUGUGCCCAGUCUGUAAAUAUCCCUCAACAUCCAGAGGCAGCAAUAUUAUUUAUCUGUCAAGUCAAGCAUACACGUGUUCUAAACCUUGGAUUCACUCCUAUUUGAAACAAAAAAAUAUCACAAUGGAGGAGGACAGCUAUGCCCCAGUUAUUCCCAAAGAUUUUAUUGCUCCAAUUGGGGCAAUAGAAAUGAAACUCACAGACCAGAAUAAUUAUAAUGCCACAAUUUCCUGUGUUGUUCAAAGGCCAAGGGGUUUGGAAAACUUAAACGUAACCCAAGGAGUAAUAGGCGAUGAUGUCACAACUCUCAGUGCUUCUGUGGCAACAUCAUUUAUUUGUAAUAUUGAUUACAAUCACAUCCGUCAGCUUUGGAGCAUCUUGGCCUCUUACAGCGAUUCUCCAAUGAUACUUGAGAGGGAGUUACUUCUCACAAUGUCACCAGAAAUGAUCUACAAAUACAAGCAAGGAAGAUCAGAUGAUAGUGAAGUCUUUACAGAGAUUCAGGCAGAAAUUAAGUCAAAUCCUGCAUGGUUAAUGCAAGACACCAUUAACUUACAGCUAGACCUUACUACCACCACAUAUUCAACACUUCACAUUAAAUAUUUGUCCAAUAUUGAAAUGAAUGUUAAAAGCAAUGAUGUGAGAAAGGGCCGGUUCAGCUGGACUAUGAUCAAAAAGAACAAUCAAUCUAAGACUGAGUUUGCAGUACUUUCUGGCGGUGUGGCUGAACUGAACUGUGAGACCUAUGGUGAUCCCAAACCUUCUAUAGAGUGGAUACUACCAAAUGGAAUCAAGGUGCGUGCACCAUACAGCAGUGAGGACCGGAGGAUAGUAAUAUUAGACAAUGGGAAGCUUACUUUAAGAGCUGCAGAUAGCUCUGAUUCAGGUAUUUACCACUGCAUUGCCACUAAUUAUCUAGACGCAGACGUACUUUCUUUUAGAGUUACCAUACUAUCUCCAGAUGUCGAGGAGGAGGAUAUUAAUGGCGUUCGGCUUUCAAGAACAGUAGGUGGGAUUUUAACUUUGGAUUGUGAAAUGAAUGGUACCCCCCAAGCAUCUGUACAAUGGAUACUACCCGAUAACACUGUUAUGGACCGGUCUUUUGGAAACAGGAAACUCUACCCAAAUGGUACUUUAGUAAUACAUUCCCUGACUGAAAGAGAUAGAGGUUUUUACAGAUGCUUAGUUGCUAAUCAUCUCGGGGUAGAUUUAUUAGUCUCCCUAGUAACUAUUUCUAGUGAUGGGUCAAAAAUUGUGACUUUGACAAACAUAGAAGGGUCUGGUGAUGAUGAACAGCUGGAUCCAGAAGAUGACCACAUGCUUUUCAAUGAAGGUCUGUCUACUAGAGUUAGCCAGGAAACAAGGACAAUUACUUCAAAUAGACCCUACCCUAGGUUCAGGCCCUCACUUCACCGUGGAGUAACAGCAAAUAGGAGGGGAGGUAGCAGACACACUGGGUGGUCUAGAAGAGUGUUUGACAAAUCACCGAGGAGAGUUGGCCCUGAGAGAUUAGCAGAAUAUAUCAAAAGAUCUCAAAAAGCUAAAUUAGGAAAAGAAAAAGACGGCAGUAAUAACUCAUCAGAUAAAUCACAAGCCAAUGUAGGACAGUCUGUUGAUGAUGAGAUAGGUUCAGGAAAUAUAAUGUUUGAAGGUGAUGUUUCCAUGCCAGGUCAAACAAUAUCAAGUACAGAACAUUCAGAAAACAUCCAUGGUAGUGUUAAGACCACAGAUCAUCGAGUAGAAAAUGAUCAGAAUAAGGCUGCUGAAAUGACCGUGGUACUUAAAGAUGAUCUGAGCAAUGUUAUAACAACAACUGAAAACAUGAGAACAAUCACAACAAAUUCCUACUCUUACACAGAUGCCAAUCCAAUAGUGCCGAGUGUUACUUUAAGGAAUCGUGAAUUUCAAAAAGAUGAAAUUACCCCUUUUAUAACUACUCUAGGUUAUGAAGUCAAUCCUAGUGAUGGCAAAUCUUACAGUUCAGAAACAAGCACAAGUACACCUUUGCAACCAUAUACUGUCAAAUUUACAGUAACUGAUUCUCUGGAUAAAAUGGAACUUCAAUUUUCUGGAGAUAUGCCAGAGACUACAACUGAGGUACUGCCCCAUUUCAAUUCCCAAAGCAAAGUGACACCAAUUCGGGAUCGACUGCAACAAACUGUAAACCCGUUAGUACACAUGUCUACAGGCCCUGAGAGCCAAACCACUUUUACAGCAGUCACAACAGCAGAAAGAGAACAGGAUGAGAUCACAUUUCAUACUACUCAAAGAAUCAAGUCUCCUCAUCUGUCUCCUGGAUCUACCAUCAUUUCCCACCAGCAAAUACACAUUAUUCCUCCGAAUAAAAAGCGACCAGAAAGGAGACGUAAUUUUCCCAUUAAGCGCAGAAUUAUUCGGCCAGGUAAGAUUACGGAUAUGCAGUCUUUACUUAAUAAGCUUAAAAGGCCAUCUGUAGAACUGACCACAAAUAUUGAUGAUCAGAACGAAAGAAAGUCUACGGAAAAAUCCAAAACAGAAGAAGAUUUAACAAGCAGAUCUCAAACACCACGUUUUUCAUUAUCAAAAACAGAAAAACUCAUCACAACAACCCUGAGCACCCCAUUUGUUACUUCAUCAAUAAUAUCUAAGUCCACUACACUAAAAAAUGAAACUCAAUUGAAAUCUGAUAGUUUCAGUGAAUAUAUUUGGUCUACAAAUGUCCCUAAACAAAAACCUACUAAAGUUCCAAUAAAAGAAGUUUCAACUACCGGUACAACUACAACAACUAGGGCUUCUAAAGUCAUACAAGGAAAGAUACCAUGGCAUAGAUUUUUCGGAAGCAGAGAGGGGCAACGGGAAAUUCUUAAAAGGCUAAGAAAACCAUCCAAACCACCCAUAACAACAAAGAGCACAACAACGGCCAGAACAAUUACAACAACUACACCAUCCAGUGCAUUAACUACCCUACCUACAGCUGAGUCAAUGGCUGAACCAAUGACUGCACCUCCUAACAUACAAAGAAAUCAAGGCAAUUUGGGAAUAUCCUUUAAUAACUUAUCAGAGUCACAGACAUUUUUUACAGUCAGCACUUUAUUUACAACUGCCAGUCCAACCAGCAAAUAUCAAAAAACAGCAGUAAUGUAUAUACCAGUAACAACACCUAUUUAUGGAUCCAGGGUAUCCACAGCUACAGCAUUCCACAUUACACCAAUUCCACCAUCCCCAACAACUAAAACAACAUACAGGGAAGAUACAGGUGAACUCUCCGGCUCUUACUCUGGAGGGUCUGGGGUAUUUGCUGGGAAAUCUCCAAGAAUUCGAAAGCCAGGAUCCCAAAGACGGCGUUUCAGAGGAAGACGGCCAGUAAAAAAAUAUACCACACAAGCUCCAACUACCAAAUCUGCUACAUUUGAAACCACAUCUUUAACACUACCGACAACUUCAAGAGUAACAAAGCCCUUAUAUGUACCUACUUUAGAGGUUGAAAGAUCCUAUAUACAGACAACAACAGAUGUAACAGAAAAUGUUAAUGAAAAGUUAAGAAACAUAGACAAGCCUACCAAGUUUUCAACAACUCAUUCAAUAGCAAGUGAAUCUUUACCCACACAGAGCAUUUCUCAUACAAUGAUUACUGCAGUGCCAUACAUCACAACACAGUCAGAAAACCAGAACACUAAACCAAGAAUAAAUACAAACAAAAGAAUUUCCCCACAAAGAGGCGGAAGAUAUCCAAUGCAUAGACCUGCAAUUCGAAGAGUAAGGCCAAAUUUAAAUAAUAGAAACAGGGAUCAUCUUAAACAACAAGCAACAACUGCUUUCCCUGCCACUAAAAAAAAGACAAGUGCAGAGAAGACAGUAAUCUUUGACACAGUGACUGUUGUGACCAAGAUCACUUUACCUCCAGUCAGCAGUGCUAUCUCCAAUAAAGUUACAAAUACUUUUGAUCACACUACAGCGUAUGACACUAAACCAACAACUACCAGCGGAUAUGAAUCAUUCUGGAAAGAUAUUACAUCUAAGCCAAGAAUUGUUGGAGGACAUGCAGCCAGUUUUACAGUCGAGUCAAACUCUGAUGCUUUCCUUCCUUGUGAGGCUACAGGUUACCCUGAACCUGCCAUCAGCUGGAAACGGUUCUCCCCAAACACAGGAACCACAUUGACCAUUAAAGGAAAAAUGGGUAAAUUUGAGGUUUUCAGGAAUGGAACAUUGUUGAUCCAAAACGCAGAUGUCAAAGACAGAGGACAAUACCUUUGUCUGGUGGAGAAUGCUUAUGGUUCUGACAAACUUACUGUCAUGCUAUCAGUGGUGGCUUAUCCUUCCCAGAUAAUGGAAGCAAAGGUUCGAGAUAUUAAAGUCCACUCUGGUGAAACAGUUGAGCUGAAAUGCAGGGCAGAAGGAAGACCACUGCCAGUUGUCUCAUGGAUUCUAGCGAACCGCACACAAGUCAGGGUUCAAAGCAAAGAUUAUAGCAGAGUAACCUUGACACCAGAAGGUACUCUGGUCAUGCAAAAGGUAUCGGUAUAUGAUCGAGGAUUUUAUAAGUGCUUUGCAAGUAACUCAGCUGGUACAGAUACAGUGAUGGUGCGUCUUCAGGUGGUAGCAGCCCCUCCUGAUAUUUUGGAAGAGAAACGGCAGUUGGUGAGGGUCGAUGUUGGGCAGAGUGUAUGGAUGCCCUGUACAGCACAAGGAGACCCUCAACCUACUACACACUGGGUUUUGAUGGAUGGGACAGUAGUAAUGCCACUUCAUACUAGCUCCAGAGUGCACUCAUUUCCUAAUGGUACCCUUCUGUUGAAAAACCUAGAUAUCUAUGACAGUGGAAAAUACGAAUGCAUUGCUACAAGUUCCACAGGGUCUGAGCGGCGAGUGGUCACACUAUCUGUGGAAAAAACAGAAAUUGCUCCUCAAAUAACUGAAACAUCAGCCUGGAAGACUGAGCUGGCAUAUGGUAGCCAACUUCAUUUGCAUUGCUCUGCAAAAGGAGUUCCCAAACCCCAAAUUAUUUGGAGACUUCCAUCCAAAGCCCUUGUUGACCAAUGGCACAGAAUGGGCACCCGUAUUCAGGUACUGGAGAACGGCACACUUGUCAUUGACUCAGUUAGUGACAAGGAUGCUGGAGAUUACCUUUGUGUGGCACGCAGCAAAGUUGGAGAUGAUCUACAACUCAUGAAAGUCUUUGUGUCCAUGAAACCAGCUAAGAUCGAACCCAAGUUUAUUGGAAAAAAACAGGUCCCAUAUGGCAAGGAACUAAAGGUGGACUGUAAGGCUUCUGGUGCCCCAGUACCAGACAUUUCAUGGGGCCUACCAGAUGGUACAUUGGUCAACAAUGCUCUUCAGGCCGAUGGCAGUAUAAGAAGUCGAUCCAAACGCUAUAUUUUGUUUAAUAAUGGAACACUGUACUUUAAUAAGGUGGGGAUGGAUGAAGAAGGUGACUAUACUUGUUACGCAGAGAACAGCCUAGGCAAGGAUGAAAUGCAUGUUCACAUUACUGUUGUAAGUGCAGCACCUCGGAUACGCCCCUCAGCCCUUACUUAUGCCAAAGUAAAGCCAGGCGGGAAUGUCCGCUUUGACUGUGAAGCCAUAGGGGAACCCAAACCAAAGAUUCUGUGGAGGCUACCAUCCAGUGACAUGAUUGCUGCAUCAAAUGAACGAUAUCUGAUGCAUGUCAAUGGAUCUCUUGAUAUCCGCAAUGUAAAAUUGGCUGAUGCAGGGGAAUAUGUAUGCAUCGCUCGCAAUACUGCAGGUGAUGAGAGCAGAGUGUACAAGUUGGAAACGGAUGGAAAUCCACCCAUCAUCAAUGGCUAUAAUCAAAACAGAACAGUUGUUAAAGAAACAGCAGAAAAGUAUUCUAGAAAGUUAAUGGACUGCAAGGCAGUAGGAUACCCUACUCCUAAGAUCACAUGGAUAAUGCCAGACAAUAUUUUUCUCUCAACUCCUUAUUAUGGUAGCAGAAUUAUUGUCCAUUAUAAUGGGACUUUAGAAAUUCGCAAUGUUAGACCUACAGACACUGCUGAAUUUAUCUGCAUGGCACGAAACGAUGGGGGUGAAGCUGUCUUGGUAAUACACCUAGAGGUUACCGACCAAAUUAGGAGGCCUAUCUUCAAAAAUCCCUUUAAUGAGAGAGUGGUGACUCAACAAGGCAAAACUACAAUACUUAACUGUUCUGCUGAUGGAAAUCCACCUCCAGAUAUGAUCUGGACUUUACCCAAUGGUACCCAGUUGACAGGAGGACCCAACAGGGGAUCUCAUCCUCAAUUGGGAAGUGAGGGAACAUUUGUCAUAUAUAACCCGAGCAAAGGGGAUGCUGGAAAGUAUCGCUGUGCUGCAAAGAACAAGGUUGGAUACAUUGAAAAACUGAUUAUAUUGGAGGUCGGACAGAAGCCUUACAUUCUGACUCGUCCGAGAGGGGUUAUCCGCAGUGUGUCUGGAGAACCUUUGUUCCUCCACUGUUUGGCAGAUGGAAGCCCUCGCCCCAACAUCUUAUGGACCAUGCCAGGAGGUCAUGUCAUAAGCUAUCCUCAGAUAAUUGGUCGCUACCAACUAAUGGAUAAUGGUACUCUGGUAGUCCAUCAGACCAGUUUUCAUGAUCGUGGGAAUUAUGUAUGUCGUGCAAAGAAUAAUGUAGGGGAUGCAGUUCUAACUGUGCCUGUCAAUAUUCUUGCAUACCCUCCUCGCAUCACUAAUGGACCCCCACCAAGUGUAAAGACAACAACGGGCUUUUCAGUGCAGCUAAACUGCAUUGCUGUUGGAAUACCAAAACCAGAAAUCACCUGGGAACUGCCUGACAGUUCUGUGCUCUCCAAAGCUGGAAAGGGACGUUCUGCAGGCAGUGAGCUCCUCCACCCACAAGGCACACUUAUAAUUCAAAAACCAACAAAAGCUGACUCUGGCCGUUAUAAGUGCUUGGCAACUAAUUAUCUUGGGACAGACACUAGAGUCACAUAUAUGACGGUUAUUUAAAGCAAGCAAUAAACAUCCACCAGUGCUCUUCAAAUCUUCAAGGUUGUCAGAUACUUAAAACUCUUAAAACUCCUCUACACAUAUUAAGUGCCGUUGUGGCAUAGUUCAUCAUUUAGAGGGCUAGCAGUAAAUACUUUACAUUAUUUUACUUCCAGAUUCACAUGGGUGGUCGAUCCAAGAAGAAGAAAGAUCCAAAGGCAUGAUAUAUGAAAAGACUGCACCAAUCUAACAUAUGGCAUGAAAAUUAAUUUGAGACAAGGCUGUGAAGUGUAUGAUGUGAAUCAUGUGUAUUGAAGCUGUAUGAUAUUUUGUACUAACCUCAGGUGUUAAUGCAUACAGAGCUGUUAUUGGCAUAUAUGAGAUUUUACUGCUUUAAAUGCUCUCUAAACUUUAUUGCCUAUAUGAUAUAUAGUGAGCAGCUGAAGUUGAUUACCUAUUUUUUCAGUGUUUUGUGUAGUACAGUUUACAUUCAUGUAAAAUAUUUGCAAGUUAUAACAUUUUAAGACUGAAUUAAUAUAUUUUGAGGGAGAAAAAUAUAAUACUUUUUAUGUGAUUGAUAGUAUAGAUGAGUAUACGUGGAUAGUGGCCUCAUUCUUAUAUUUUAUUAAAGAAUCCAUAUUUUUUGUCACUAUGUGAAUGACUUUUAAAUUU